UUUAUUUACUGUGUCGCUAUUGGUGAUUUUCUAUCAAACGUCCACUGACCGCCAAAAAUGGAGGUACAUAGCAAAGAAGCCAGCGAAACUAAUCAAAUUCAGAAGGAAGAUAACAAAAUAAGGCCGGAUAAUAAGACAGAUAAAUUUAACAUAACCAAGUUCAAAGAUAAAAAAGGCAACAUCAAAAGGCCAAUGAAUGCCUACAUGGUUUGGGCGAGGAUACACCGACCCAUUUUUUCCAAGGCCAACCCGAGUGCCAGCUCUGCAGAGAUCAGCAUGCAGCUUGGAGCUGAGUGGAACAAACUAAGUGAGAAAGAAAAGAAGCCCUACUACACAGAUUCAUGGAGGCUUAAACAAGAACAUGAACAGUUGUUUCCUGAUUGGGUUUAUAAGCCACAUCCAAAGAAGGGAAGGGGAUGCAGCCAAAAAGUGACACCUCAGGACAGCACUGGCAGUUUGCAGAGUAGUGACUCACAUAACAGACCUGAUCAUGAACCAAAUCAGCAUUUAGUCAUAACCAUGCCAGUAAACAUAUCAGUCCAAGAUCAGUCUGUGCCUGAUUUUACUGAUCACCUCCCUGGCCCUAGCCAGCAAAACUCACAAGAACUGCUGUCUCCUGGAGACACCUGCUUAGAUCCACCUCUUUUGCAUUCUGUUUCACCAUUUUGCAUGCCUGAGCUGACAUUCACCCAAACAAACACCUGCCACAGUUCUGACUGCACAGGUAGCGAGGCUCACGUCGUGGGCCAGGAUGAUAUCCCUUGGCUGACCAAUGACAUCUUUUCUCUCUUAAACGAGGACAAUGUCUACUUUAAACAGUCUGGAGCCCAGACUUAUACUGAAGACACCCACAACAGCAUAGACAUUCUAAAUUCUGUACCAGUCCUGGACAUAGGUGCCUUUGAGGAUCUUUUGAACCAACUUCAUCAGAUGGACAAUGUUUCAGGAAUAGAGGAAGAUGGUGAAAUUAGGACAUUUCAUGUGCUUUAGUGUGAAUGCUGUUAUACCAAACUUAAGUUUAUAUUAAGUUUAAGAAUUUUUUUUUUUUAAAGAUUUUGUCUAUCCCAGAGAGCAUUCAAUGAUGUAUUUUCCUUUUUCUAAUAUACUCUUUAGGAAAAUCAGUGAUAUAUGAUGAUGUUUAAAGAAAAGGAGUUUGGCAAAAACUGAUGUAUACAGUAGGUGUAUAAUUUAUAGGCAGCUUCUUAUUGUUACUGAGUAGUAAAAUGUUAUCACAACUGUUGUUGUGCAACUGUUUGGGCUAUUGCUAACACUAUUGGCUUGUGCCUGGCAAAAGCCUUUGCCAGUCAGUGUCAUGCCACACUGCAUUAUGGGAUCAUGCUGCUAUUCCUGCAGGUUUAGUGCUUUGUUAGAAAUGAUGUUGAGGAUUUAAUGUAAUUUGAUGCAAAAAAAAAUACUAGAGAAUGCUCUUCAUUGCAUAUCAAACAAAUGUGUAUGGCUGACAGUCAAUAGGGGCAGAACCUGAUUCACAUAAACAUCUGUACUUCAUAAUUGAGCCCAUGGAUUGGCACCAAAAAAAAGAUUUGUUCAGAAGACGAUUCUAGGGACAUCAGCAAAGUCAACCAGCGUCCAGCAGAUAUUCUACAUUUUUAAAACUGGGUUCAGCGCACAACACCAGGUGUCAUUUAUAAACAUGGCGUAUGCACAAAACAGUGCUGGAAACACUUCCUACGCAAAUUAUGUAUUUAAAACAAACUUGGGAGUAGAACGUGUUUAGGGAUGAGCGAAUCCGGAUUAUUCUGCAUUAAAUCUUAUGGGUUAUAAAAUCUUUUUUUUGCUUUUAGUUUUAGCUAUUCACUAAGUAAUUACCAAUAAGCUUAAGAAAUGUAAAUAAUGCAUAAACAAACCAAACAAACAAACCCUUUAGCCCUGUCCCAGAGUGCUCUUGGAAGAAAACCUCUUAAACCGCAAUGACACAAGUCAGCGAUUGCAUGCAAGUGCUAAGUCAAGUGAAAAAAUCGCUUUUUUUUUAUUUUCCACACCCUGUGAAAUGCACAUAUUUUCUCUAAUAUCUCCUUAACAAUUUACAUUCUCCAAUAAUUUCGCAAGGACCUUCAUGCUCCUAUUUGCUUUUGCACAUUUUGGUAAUUUCAUCCCAUUUCUUGCAAACCUUGUUUACCUCCAUACAAUUUACAUUUACAUGUAAGAAAAAUAUCCCCUGAUCAUGACCCUUUGUUAAAAGAAUCCCCUGAUUCUGCUCUGUAUGCAAAUCGUCCCUUGGACGUUUCACACCUAUUUGUAAAUCAUCUUGUUUUUUUUCACUGUUUAGUUUUUUUAGUUUUUCAUUAAAAUUUAUUUUACUUUAAUGUUUCCUUCUCUCUCUAGCUUUUGUUGUUUCUUAGAAUUU